UAGGCAUUAAUUUAUUUCUAACGAAUGUUAUUUAUCAUAUAAAAAAUAUUUUUCGAUUAAAAUUUAUGUUGCAACCUAAAAAAACUUUUUUUGUUUUUUUGUGUGCCAUAUAUUUUUGCGAUGCAACCAGUAUACGGUUCGUUUCAAAUGAAAAAUUUAGAGACUUCGAAGAUAACAACAAAAAAUUAGAACGAAGCAACAACAGCGUACAUAGCUAUCAUUACAAAAUUGAAGAAAACGAAGUGUUUAACAACAACAAAUCUGAUUGGCAGUUUAAAGGAUUUAAUAUUAAUAAUAACUACAUACUUGAUAAAAAGCCAGCAUCGGUCAGCAUUUUGCAUAAACAUCAGUCAACUCAAAGAAAAUGUCAUCAAAAUAAUCGCUUUAUAAGUAACCAUUUAAUAGAAAAACCAAAAAGAGAAAAGCAAAAAAUUUUACUCAUUUCAAUAGACGGACUUCGUUGGAACUAUCUUAACAAAGCACACACUCCAAACUUGAAAAGAAUCAUUAAAGAAGGAGUUUCCGUUGAUUUUGUUUUAAAUGUGUUCCCGACUUUAUCCUUGCCAAAUCAUCAAAGUAUUGUAACUGGACUAUACCCUGAGCACCAUGAAAUGAUUAGUUACACUAUGAGAGAUUCAAAAUCUGGUCAGGACUUUGAUGGAACCUCUGAAUGGUGGAAUAAAUCGAUUCCAAUUUGGAUAAGUAACCAAAAACAAGGUUAUCAAAGUGGAAUAUCAUUUUGGCCCGGAUAUAGAGUAAAGUAUGAUGGGAUGCAGCCUUUUUACCUUCCAGACAAAAUGCCUGAUCAAAAAUUCAAUACUUCAAGUGAAAACAACGAUAAAUUCAACACCACAAGUGAAAACAACGACAAAUUUAACAACAAAUUAAUGCCAAUUAAUGAGCGCAUAAAGCAAGCUGUCAAUUGGCUAAAGAAUGACAAUGUAACUUUUGUUGCAUUGUAUAUAGAAACUGUUGAUAAAGUUACACAUACAACCUCCCCAGAUUCCGAUAAGAAAAAUAUGAAAACAUCAAUUGAGAAGGCGAUUGUAUCUGUAGAUAGAAAUUUAGGUUUUGUCCGAAAGCUUUUAGUAAAGAAUAAUUUGCAAUCACUCGUAAACGUUAUCGUCAUAGGUGACCAUGGUUCCGUCGACGCCAACUACACUCAAAUGAUUGUGCUGGAUGAAUACCUAAAUGUAGAAAAAAAUAUUGAACAUAUCGAUGGAGUUACAAGUGUUUUUGUAACAACAAAAUCAAAAAAGAAACAACACGUGUACGAGAUACUCAAGAAAAAAAGUAAAACAAAAAAUUCGCACUUCCAAGUCUAUUUAAAAGAAAAUAUUCCAGAAUUUUUUCAUAUUAAAAAUAGUAACAGAAUAGGCGACAUUCUCAUAUUGCCAAAACCGGGAUGGACAGUUGUGGCAAAAAAGUGGAUGCCGUCGUAUUAUAAAGGACAGUGGAGCCGAGGUGAGAAUGGUUAUAGUAACAUCGAGGCAACUAUGAAUCCUGCUUUUUUCGCUUAUGGCCCUUCUUUCCGAGUUGGCUAUAAACAAUGGUGCGUUAAGACAAUAGAUAUUUACUCUUUAAUGUGCCAUAUAUUAAAUAUAAACCCGGAAUUUCACGACGGCUGCUUCGAACGAGUCAAACCUUUCUUAAAAGAGUUCAGAGGUGAAAAAUACAUUCAAGUAAACGAUAAAUUUGAUCCUAUAAUUUGCUAGUUAUUUUAUUAAAAAAAAUAUUUAUUUAAAAAGAAUCUUAAGUUAAUUUAUCAAACAUAGCUUGAAGCAACGUUUGAACAACGUUGGAACAAUAUUUGUUGUAUCACCAUUAAAAAUCAGUUGCAAGUUGCAAAAGUUAUCAGCUGCUAUUUAUACUCACUUCACUUUUAACUUUUCCAUAUUGUGAGGACAUUCUAAUUUUUUCCCAUUUACCUGACUUCGCAGUGACCUAAAAAUUAAAGUAUAUUAAAAAUGUUAAAGUGAAUUUUUAUAUAAAAAUUUCUUAUAUUUA